ACGUCGUAUACGAAGAGAGCGAGUGGGUCGCGCCUAGUUGUUCAUCACGCUCGGAUUAUACGCGCUUACGACUUUAACGCGCGUAAAGUUCUUUCGAUUUAUGAAGCAGAGCCUUCCUUCAGUCGCUACGCCGCACGUACGGCUGCGAAUCGUCGCAGAUUUUUUUUUCAUCUUUCAUUCUUUUUACUCUUCAUUGGUUUCAUUUUUCUUUUUUGCUUUCGGGGUUUUUUUUUUUUUGUUUCACUCACGACGAAUCACUAAAAACUAUGGGUACGCGUCUCGAUAAUUAUUUGAUAAAAUAUAUAUGGUGUAUAAACCGUAAAAACGUUUCUACCCAUCAGAGAUGAAAAAAAAAAAAAAAAAAAAUCAAAGAAUAAAACAGAAUGGGUGAGCUGAGGAAAGAAAGUGCGUGCCAAAGAGCCGGCGUAGCUGUUGGGCACUGUGUAUAUCGUGUACGUUUGUCACACGAGUAUAAUGGAGGGGCGAUGAUCGCCAAAUUGUCGAUUUAGGCCGGACGAGUACGAAGGAAUUCAGUCUAAUUUAGGAAGCGGAUCGUCCGCUCGCUCUCUCCUGCCUGGGUCGUCGUGUCGAUCGUACGUCGUAAGAGACAUCGGCAGAAUCCGAUGGAAUGAGAACCGUAACGCGGUAUGUGACCGACAACAGCUGAACGGGUGGAACAAAAAAUAAAUGAAGAAAGGAAAGGAUACAUCGAGCUCAUGAAUCAAGUAAAUACGACGGAUAAUUACGCACAUUUUAAGGUAAUGCGCCUAUAUUUUAUCUACAAAAGAGCGUUGGAUUCGACCGGAUGGAACAAUUAUUCCCUGCAGUAUACGCGCCUUACCUCUGAAGAGAAUCAGCAAGCGAAGAGGAAACAUCAAAUGGUGUAAAGGAGGUCAAAAUUACACUCAUUAUACAGCGUAUAUCGGUAUUGCACCGCAGAUACUGUGAACUUGAUGGCAAACAUCGAAUAUCUCCACAUGCUACGUUAUAAGUGAGAAAAAAUCCACGCGAAGACAAAAGGCUUGGGAAUUAAGGCCUCGUUAGCAUCGGUGGCUCGAAGGUACAGGUAAGAGCUGAUGCGUAAGCGUCAUGUGAGUGGCACUUGAGAGUUAAAGAAAAAGAGAAAAAUUAGAUGGGACGAAGUUUCUAACGCUCUUGUAAUCGUGUAACGACCAUGUAAAAGAAUCGUUCCUCCGCACUCAAAGUGCAUCGCGUGGAUCAGAAUCAGUAAUUUUUUAAUUCUCCUCAACAGUGAGGCAGGACGAUUCUUAUCCAUAAUAUAACUGGAUCUUCGACCGAUCGAGAGCUUUGCAUGGACUUUGCGUAAAACUUUACAUCACAUACGACGUAUGAGCUUAUGAUUUUAUAGAUCCAGGGAUCAUGCACACCAGGCAAACUUCGCGAUUGGUACAAAUGGAAGUUCACCGGUUGCAUGUCCGGAGGACGAGUGAUUCGAUCGUGUACGCGUUGCAUAUUGCGAGUGCGGUGGCACGGCCGACCGAUCCGUUUGAGUUUACACGUACGUAACACACGCACGGCACACGCCUCGUACGUAUAUGUCACGUACACCUGUGUCCCUCUGCGUACCUUUCUCUGUUCUCUCUCUCGCGUGCGUUAUCAACGUGUGUUAUGUGUUGCCGUUGCUGUUGCUGUUGCAGCAGCGUCAGCAUUACUUGCAUCAGUUUAAAGUCGAGUUGCGUGUCGCUGAGCUGUAAAACCGGCGCUAAUUGAUUAGUUUAAUUGUUUAAUUAACCGGGUGAAAUAUCGCCCGUCAUUAUUAUAUACCUCAACGAGCGUAUAGGUACGUGAAUUCACCGUGUACGGGCAUUUCCAUUCAAUUUAUAAUAUCAUUUUAUAAGUAGAUGAUUUUUCAUUAUUUUUUUUUUUCUUAAAUUUUCUGCAUACGCAGGAACCAGAUAAUACGACACACAAUGAUUUGUAUAAAUGUAUGUCCCUUUGCUGCGGUAGCGUGUAAUUAAUUGAACCGGAUAAAAUGUGUUUGUUCAGAUAUACAUAAAUUGCACUUGACUGCAGUCCAUACCUGUGCAUGUAAACGUGAGUUGAUUUUAUAAUGAAAAUUGUACCCACAGUACCGUCCGUGAGUCUGGGAUCUGCACCCCUCGAAUUUUUCAUGCGAACAAAAAAUUGGAUGCAAAAAAAUGAUCGGGGUGAAGAUAUUAAAUUUCUAAUCGUUCAAAGUAAUUGGACAAAGCACAGAGCUUUUUUCCUCCGUUGAAAAUUCAGGAACUUUCUCGUUGUACGUAAAAUUUGAAAAAAGGACAUGAAAGUCGAAUUUCACCCCUGUGCGCGGUGAUUCGGAAAGAGUUUGAAUAAAAAUUUGUCAUUUACCAAGAAACUUUGUGCACGCGAUUUGCGAAAGUACUAAAGCUGAAAAAAAAACUUUGAGAGGCGAACCCGAACUUACGAACGUUAUUACUCUACAUCACUACACGCCAUCGUUCGCACAUGCAUGUGAGAAAGUAAAAAAUGCGCACGCGUUUGUCGGACGAUGAGACAUCGUUCGAAAGGUGGAGCGGUAGUGGUUGAUGCAUAAAUGAAUAAGUGUACCUCUUACGUAUACAUAUGUGAAAUACGUACGUAAACGCAGAAAUCCGAAAGACCGGCGGGCACGUUGCUGCACCUCGCGUGCGAAAUUGCGCCUUUACGAUAUAACGUGCGAACUUGUGUAAAUAACGCGGUCACGAUCACCAAAGCGUUUUCGCGAGUGCAGCGUGUAACGUAGGUACAAAGGAAAUAAUUUGUUUUCACUUAACAACCACCAUUCAAAUUGAAUCUGCGGUACGAAUACUGUAGCGUACAACGUGAUAUGUAAAUUACGAUAUGAUGCCGUGUGGGAGGUGAAGAAGGAGGAAAACAAAUUGAAUAAAAAGAAGAAAACGAAAUGAGGGAAAGACAUAUUUUGAGAAAAGGGUAAGCACCGCAACAACCGAAACGUCUAGCGGUAAUUCCUAAUUGCGCUUGUGUCGUGCCUAAAAAACAAAAUGAAACAAAAAAAAAAAAAAAAAAGGUGAAGUGGCAGUGCCGAAUAUGCAGAUGAAUUUAGAUCUUCUCGUCGGAAGCGCGCACAUCCCUAUGAUAUAUGCAUCCGGCACCACGCCCCCCGGCUCACCUGCUUCGUGCUGAUAAUAACAGCGCAUGGUUACUACACACCUUAAGAUUUUCUCGCGAUGCGAAAACCACAAUCACUGGCUCUCAUUCUCCUCGCGGCGGCGAAUAUAUGCACAGGCAGAAAACUCGCGGGAGAUGUAUUCUCUUUAUACCGCGAAGACAAUCGGAGUAUGUAUAACUAGCUCCUUCCCUCCAAGUCCCAGAGGUCGUCGGGCUAACGAGGCGGUCUAAGCGUGAAUAAAAGUUAAUUUUCACGAACGCUUUUAGCUACUGCAAAUUCAUUAGAAGAUGAUGUAUAACAGCAAUUAUCCAAAUUGGCCGCGGACGACGCGAGACGCACGCGGGUAAUUGCCUCAUUCUAACGAUUAUGUCUUAUAUUCAUUCAUCUACUUACGUACGUGUAACAUAGGUGUACGCAAUACAUACGUACUCGAAAUACGAACGAGAUCGUUUUCUCAGCGAUCUUGAAAAAAACAUUUUUUCUCUCCUUUUUUUGCUCCUCGAAAUUUGUCAGAUAAGAGGAGCCGAAAUAGGCAAUCAAGAAUGAUUUGUUUCUCCAGAAUAGAUGUGUGAAGAAAAGAAAAAAAAAAUGUGAUAAUGAAAAAGACUGGAAACGAACAAAAAAAUGGAAGAGGUGAACGGUUUCACCCUACGUCCGCAGAUUCUCCGCGUAUAUCCUCAUCUCGAGGCGGUCUAUAAAGUGACAAAUAACCCGUUGCGUCCCACGUUCGUUCCGUGCACCUUUCGAAACACGUUCCGCCGCUUCUCGCUCUUACGCUCGCAGGACGAAUAAAACGCCAAAGAUCGUAUAACGUAGAAAAUCUUCACCUCCUUUAUAACAUCCACCUACUCCUUACUACCCGUAACAGCUAUGCGUGGGCGUCAGCUACUGAAUCCACUCUCGGUUAUCUUCGGCACUGUUGCAACAGAUAACCAAAGCACAUCCUGACUGUAUAUCAGCUUCAGCUUUUAGGCCCUCCCCUCUACCUCCUGCCCACCGCACCAAUUUUUUUGUUCACAGAUUUUACUCUCUGCUCUCCUGUUUUUAUUCCGUUCAACGGGCUACCACAUUUCGGCAACACGUAAAGCUAUAUACUAGCGCUAUACGAAUGUGAAUGUCCACCUCGUGUAUGUAUGCAAAUGCGAUAAAAUUUGAUUUUAGUUUCAGCGGAAAUUAUGCUGCGAAACACGAGAUCGUCCGGGAGUCCAUUAAUUUCGAAACGUUCUUAUUGAAUAUUCUUCUUUAUUAAUGUCUUCUUUUUGUCAUACUUCCGGUUAAUUUCAUCGCGUAAAUAAUUUUUAUGUGUGCAUAUAAAAGUGGCUUUGCUUUGCAGCGGAGCGCGGUGUCGUCUUACCUAAAUUGCGUCAAUUAAUUAUGAAGGUCUCGGAGUAAAUCAGGCAACCCGUAAGAAAGGACAGAGAUACAUGGACGCGGUUGGUUAUAACCUGUAGCUCUGUUUCUGUUUCUAUAUAAAAGAUGCGAGGAUAUGCUGCCGCUGCAACGCCUGUUGACGGUAACUCGCACCGGUUCACCUGUAAAUGGACGACCGCGACUCUUCAGUCUUUGCCGGUACGCCGGCAGCUACUGCAAGAUAUUCAAUUCUAAGGAGUCGGGAGUCUCGGAGGAUUCAAAUUCCUUACCCACCGGUACGGGUAACGUACAUCGUUCGACGUUGCAUCCAAGUUGGGAAUCUCUACGAUCUGCUCUUGCGAUUCCAUGUACCCAGGAAUUAAUUCUUGCUGCAGUGACACGGCGUGUUUAAUCAGGUGUUGCAACUGUCAUCUAGUUUGCUGCUUGGGAUGCAGAGCGACAAGUCUUAAGUGGUCACCUUGGGCAUAUUUAAGUCCUCGACUAACAAGUACUCGCACUAGUUUCACCGUCAACUUCAACCGCAAGACGCACCGUUAGAAGCGAUCUAAUAAAGAUAUCAGGCAGUCUUACGGCUAUGAGAAAAAAUGCCGCGAUUGAUUUUAUUCGUGGUGUCGAUAUACGUCUGUAAUUCUCUGUUCGUUGCCGGAUACUCCGAUGGAGAUAAGUUCAACGGAAGAGUUAGAAAUUGGAGUAGAUCUCCGGUGAGAAAGCGGGGAUGGCAGUACGAGGAAAGACGUCAGCAUCACGUACCGGAAUCGAUGAAGAAUAAUCAGGCGUCCAGUUCACGCGAUUCCAGAUUCCUUUCGCUGUUCACUAUUGUGCAAUUCGACAACAAUAUCUGCAGCGGAGUGACCGGCGAAAAUGGAACCUGCGUUGCAGCGGCGGAGUGCGGAUCUAGGGGUGGAAUUUCCGUAGGACCUUGUGCGAACGGUUAUGGCGUUUGUUGCGUUCUCACGGCUACGUGCGGUCAGACGACAGCAAACAAUAACACGUAUUUCGUGAAUGCAAAUUAUCCAUCUAGUUUCGACGGAACGGAUUCCUGUCAGCUGACGGUUAUCAAAUCUCAUCCGGACGUCUGCCAAUUUCGUCUGGAUUUUGACCAGUUCAACAUUCGAGGUCCAGAGCCGGUGAACAACGCCUGUGCGAACGAUCAGUUCAUAGUAUCAGGUGGUAACCCAAUCCCUCCGAUUUGUGGAAUUAAUAAUGGAAAUCACAUGUACGUGGACGCCGGGGUCGGACAUACGAAUCCGGUCAUGUUGACUUUCGUGACGAGCGGGGCGUCGUUCGCUAGAUCUUGGAGAGUAAGGAUCACCCAAAUACCUUGCAGCAGUAUUUAUAGGGCCGAAGAGGGCUGUCUCCAAUAUUUCACCGGCGUUUCCGGAAAAGUUAAAUCAUUCAACUACGAACCCAAUACCGGACUUCAACUCUCCAAUCAAGAUUACAGCAUCUGCAUCAGAAUGGAAAGAAACUUUUGCGGCAUACAAUACAUGCCUUGCAGCGACGCAGAGUUGGCGAUACCGAUAACGACAGGAGCGGCAGGUGGUCGGCAAAAUCCGCGAAACAACGCGUUUACUCUAACAGGAAAUACUCAGGGGACUCAAAUAUCCUCGAUGACGGGUGCUGCUUGCCAAACGGAUUGGCUGAUGAUUCCUUGUGCUUCGAACGUCGGCAGACAACCAAAUUCUGGAUCCCAAUGCACCGAUAGACUCUGCGGUGGAACUUUCAACGCUGAAAAUCAGCUUCUCAACGCGUCAAAUGUGAUGAGUACCGUGAAACCAUUCAGGCUGGUUUUUCAUACUGACAGUGUCGAGGCUCCAAACGACGUGGGUAACAGAGGAUUUUGCCUCGAUUACAUCCAGCAACCGUGCACGAAUAACAUAAUCUAAGGCUUUCAAUCAGUCACCACGACGGCCAGUUCAUCGCAGUACUCAUUCAACGUCCAACCACGAAGGGCAGGAGUUAUACAUGGCAUCGCACAAUUCGUUCACAGGUAUGAAAUAAUUAUCAGUCAGUAUGAUAUAAGUUAGUUAUAAGUAUUAUAACAAUAUAUUCAAUUUGAUAUAUUAUAACGUCACAUUGGCAGUAAUAUGUUAACAUAUAACAUAAUAUAACAUAGAAUUAAUAUAUUGACAUAGAAUAUAAUAUUGGUAAUAAUUUAUUCUUAUAUUACACGUCAUUAUUAAUUCACUUUUCGUAUGUUUUAGGUAUCCGAAGAUGCUGCCGCCGUAGCUGCUGUUUGACCGGACUCCCCCUGUUCAUCAGGGGGAGUCCACCGUCCCCUGGGACUGCGCGGCCUCCCACCGCCCCCGGGGUCCCAGGGGACCCAGUCCCCGAGGACAUGUCUUCGGGGAUGCGGUAUCCCCG